CAGCCUUUUCCAGACCCCCAAUCGACAAGUCCUGACUCCCGAGUCUUCUGACCAGUGACCAUUACGGAUUUCAGAAUAAAAUUAAUAAAGAAUACAUAUGAAGUUUCCUUAUAUCGUCAAGCACCAUGCCUGACAUGGAUCCGAAGCUCCUAAAAAUCUUCUGAUAAAUGGUUCCGUCUCGGUCUGUCAAUGGAGUCACCCGGACCAACCAAAUCCGUCUCGAAAUCUUCGAUAUGUCGUUGAUUCGUACGGCGGAUGAUGUACCGGUUCCUCUGAAAAUCUGCUUCCCGAAAUCGUCGACUGACAGGCUCAAUCCAAGCCCGAAAAGUGCUACAAUCCACAAUGCAGGACCAAAAAGUAAGCUCAACUCCAGUAAUGGAUUUUGCAUGCGGAGAUCCCCUAGAUUCUCUGCCGUUUCGGCGGCCAGGGACGAAGGUUGUGGUGUUUCUGUCGUCUUGAGGAGAUCUCCGAGAUUCUCGAAUUGCAGUUCGGAGGUGGAUUUUAGUGACGCGCGAGAUGUAACGAAGACAUGGAGCGGAAAUAAGAAGAGAAAGCUUGGAGAGAAACGGUUCGAUGAAAAAUCCUUGAGAAGGAGCCCGAGGUUUGUCUCGUCCUCUGAGGCGGUUGUAAAUGGCACUCCCAAGUCCCCUUCAGUCAAGGUAAGCCAAAAGCCCUACUUAUGUUUUGAAAAAUCCUUGAGGAGGAGCCCGAGGUUUGUCUCGUCCUCUGAUACGGCUGUAAAUGGCACUCCCAAGUCCGCUUCAGUCAAGGUAAGCCAAAAGCCCUACUUAUGUUUUGAAAAAUCCUUGAGGAGGAGCCCGAGGUUUGUCUCGUCCUCUGAUACGGCUGUAAAUGGCACUCCCAAGUUCGCUUCAGUCAAGAGUCAAAUUCCUGCGGAUGGAGGCUUGAAAACUAAUGCUGAAAAAGGACUAGAUAUGGCAUGCUUGGAGGAAAAAUGCUUGAGGAGAUCUCCGAGAUUGAGCUCAUCCACAUCUGGAACUGACAGGCGUUCUUCAGAAUCCACCCAGGAAAACAUUAAGAAAAGAAAAUUGUUGGAAGAAAAGUGUUUGAGGAGAUCUCCAAGACUGUCCUUGACCCUAUAUGGAAAAGAUGACAAGAAUGGACCUCUGGCUUUGAAACGCCAUGACACAAAAUCUUCUGGUGAGAAGCACUUUAAGGGGUCUUCUGGAGGUGGACAUGUCAAUGAAUUGCUUUCAAGAAUACCAGAUGAACUUGCUAAGAAGAAGUCUAGGACCACAUUGGAGAAAUUCAAACCAAGCAUUGUGGAUAAACCACUAUUGAGACAGUGUCUGAGAACGGAUACUCCUUCUGGGAAUGGGAAUGGUAAUGGAAAAACCCCUAAUAAAUCAAUUGAGUUACCAAAGUCAACUGGGAAACAACCUCCAAAUGGGAAUGGUGCUGGCAAAACUCCAAUUAAAUCAGUUGAGUUACCAAAGUCAACUGAGAAACAACCUCCAAAUAAGACCUCACCUUCUUUGAAGAAGAAACAUGAAAUUAUUAGUUUACUAUUCGGAGAUCCAAUCCCCAGCGACGAAGCUCAAGAAAAAUGGCGUUGGCGCUAUGAAAUGAAGAUUAAGAGAUCUAAACAUCGAAAAUUCACCUUAGAUGAUGAUGAUGAAGAUAAGAUAGUUUGGAAUGUGGAAAGCCAUUACUCUCAAGCUAAAAUUGGCGAGGAUAUUUUUAAUCUUGGUGAUUGUGCUUAUAUAGAGGGUGAUGGUGGGCAAGAACAUAUUGGAAGGAUUAUAGAGUUCUUCAAAACAACCGAUGGAGAAGAUUAUUUUCGGGUCCAAUGGUUUUAUAGAGCUGAAGAUACUGUUAUGAAGGAAGAAGCGGCCUUUCAUGACAAGAAACGAAUAUUCUAUUCUACUAUAAUGAAUGAUAAUCCGAUAGAAUGCAUUAUUUCAAAACUUACUGUUACACAAAUAUCACCUAGGGUAGGCUUAAAAUUCAGCUCUAUUCCACUCUCUGACUUCUAUUUUGAUACGGAGUAUUGUGUAGAGUAUUCGACAUUUCGAAGCUUGGUAACUGAUAAUAUUUUCAAGAGCCAUCACUCAUUGCCAACCAGUUGCAUUGAGCCCAUUUCUACGGCAAUUACCACUACUUUUUCUCCAGAUAAGAUUCAUUUUGAUAAUAAAAAAAGGAAGUUGGCGCUGUUAGAUCUUUAUUCUGGUUGUGGAGGCAUGUCGACUGGAUUGUGCCUUGGUGCUAGAGCUUCUGGCAGUGAUCUUGUGACGAGAUGGGCCCUUGAUAGUGAUAGGUCUGCAUGUGAAAGCUUGAAGUUGAAUCAUCCCAAGACACUAGAAAGCAUGUGGCCAACUAGUAGAGUUGCAGGGGUGCAACCUAUAGGUAACAUGUUCAAUUCUUGGAAACGACCUCUUCACAUAUUAUGUGGGGGGAAUGAAGCUGCUGAGGAUUUUCUUGAGCUAUUAAAAGCGUGGCAAAAGCUAUGCAAAAGGUAUGCUUCCAGUAUAGAAAGAACACAUCAAUCAAGAUCCAUGGCCUCUAGAGUAGCCAAAGACAAUGAUGGUUCACCAAGUGAUGAUAUAUCCCCUGAAGAAUAUGAAGUUUCAAGCAUUGUUGACAUAUGUUAUGGCGAUCCCGACAAGACCGGAAAGCAUGGACUAAAAUUUAAGGUGCAUUGGAAGGGUUAUGAUGCCAGUGAAGAUAGUUGGGAACCAGCUGAUGGCUUAAGUAAUUGCCAGGACCGGAUACACGAAUUUGUGAGAAAUGGUUUCAAAUCGAAGAUCUUGCCACUUCCUGGCGAUGUUGAUGUUAUUUGUGGGGGACCUCCAUGCCAAGGGAUUAGUGGCUAUAAUCGCUUUAGAAAUGUUGCUUCCCCCCUAGCUGAUGAAAGAAAUCGUCAAAUUAUUGUUUUUAUGGACAUAGUGCAGUUCUUGAGACCUAAGUUUGUAUUAAUGGAAAAUGUAGCUGACAUACUAAGGUUUGACAAUGCUUCUCUCGGAAGAUAUGCUUUAAGUCGUUUGGUGCAUUUGAAAUAUCAAGCAAGACUUGGUACUAUUGCUGCUGGCUGUUAUGGUCUUCCACAAUUUCGGUUGCGCGUUUUCUUGUGGGGUGCUCAUCCAAGUGAGAAAUUACCCAAAUUCCCACUUCCCACACAUGACGUUAUUGUCAGAUAUUGGCCUCCCCCUGAGUUUGAGCGCAAUACUGUUGCUUAUGAUGAAGGUGAACCUCGCAAACUUGAACGGGCGAUUGUUCUUCAAGAUGCCAUUUCUGAUCUCCCGAAUGUCACAAACCAUGAAACACUUGAGGAAAUGUCCUAUGACAAGCCUCCAGAAACAGAUUUUCAACUACAUAUAAGGUCAACCAAAGAUGAGAUCACUGGUUCUGCAUUGACUGAUACUACAAGGGUCAAGAUUUCACUUUACGAUCAUCUUCCUUUGCCGAUUUCAGAAGAUGAUUAUGUUAGAGUUUGCCAAAUUCCAAAAAGAAAGGGAGCAAAUUUCCGGGACCUCCCUGGUGUCAUUGUAGGAGAAGACAAUGUGGCCCGGCGGGAUACAUCUAAGGAGCAAAUGCUUUUGCCUUCUGGAAAACCACUGGUACCAGAUUAUGCCUUGAACUUUGAACAAGGGAAGUCGAAAAGGCCAUUCGCGAGAUUGUGGUGGGAUGAAACAGUGCCAACCGUAGUGACUUUUCCUAAUUGUCAUGCUCAGGCAUUGUUACAUCCAGAACAGGAUAGAAUACUUACAGUACGAGAAUGUGCAAGGCUGCAAGGUUUUCCUGAUUAUUAUCGGUUCUGUGGGACAAUCAAAAUGAGAUAUCGUCAGGUCGGAAAUGCAGUUGCCAUCCCUGUUGCACGAGCCUUAGGAUAUGCAUUGGGUAUGGCAUUUCAAAAACAAGGUGGGGACGAGCCGCUGAUGACUCUUCCCCAAGGUUUCUCUCAUUCUACUUGUGUUCAAUUAGCAAAAUCAUUGUCUGAAAAAGAACCAACUAGUAUUCUUUAGUUAUGUCCCCAGUCAUUCAUCUUAACAUUAUUUUUAACUGUCAUAAGGUUGUUCUGGCCGUACUGGCUUCAUGGGCCCCACAAACAGGUUCUGUAACUUAUAACUUAUUGACCUUCCUUGACCAUUAGAUUUUGUGCACAAUAAUAAAACAAUAAAUUCAUUGCAAA